AUGGGCAGCCCAGAGGGCCGCUUCCAUUUCGCCAUUGACCGUGGGGGCACCUUCACUGACGUGUUCGCCCAGUGCCCAGGUGGACACGUGCGGGUCUUGAAGCUACUCUCAGAGGAUCCCGCCAACUAUGCAGACGCACCCACCGAAGGCAUCCGCCGCAUCCUGGAGCAGGAGGGGGGCACGCUGCUGCCCCGGGACUGGCCUCUGGACACCAGCCGCAUUGCCAGCAUCCGAAUGGGUACCACGGUGGCCACGAACGCGCUGCUGGAACGGAGUGGGGAGCGUGUGGGGCUGCUGGUGACACGCGGCUUCCGAGACCUGCUGCACAUUGGCAACCAGGCCCGUGGGGACCUCUUUGAUUUGUCCGUGCCCAUGUCUGAAGGCUUGUAUGAGGAGGUGCUGGAGGUGGACGAGCGUGUGGUGCUGUAUCGCCACGAGCCUGGCGCUGGCACGCCGGUCAAAGGCCGCACAGGGGACCUCUUGGAGGUGCAGCAGCCCGUGGACCUGGGGGGCCUGCGUGGGAAGCUGGAGGGACUCCUGGCCCGUGGCAUCCGCAGCCUGGCUGUGGUGCUCAUGCACUCGUACACGUGGGCCCAACACGAGCAGCAGGUGGGUGCACUGGCCCGGGAGCUGGGCUUUACACAUGUGUCGCUGUCCUCGGAGGCCAUGCCGAUGGUCCGCAUUGUGCCCCGGGGGCACACCGCCUGUGCUGAUGCCUACCUCACGCCCGCCAUCCAGCGCUAUGUGCAGGGCUUCUGUCGCGGCUUCCAGGGCCACUCCCAGGACGUGCAGGUACUGUUCAUGCGUUCGGAUGGUGGCCUGGCACCCAUGGAUGCCUUCAACGGCUCCCGAGCUGUGCUCUCGGGCCCUGCUGGGGGUGUGGUUGGCUACUCAGUCACCACUCACCGGGCUGAGGGCGGCCAGCCGGUCAUUGGCUUUGACAUGGGAGGCACAUCCACCGACGUGAGCCGCUAUGCUGGCGAGUUUGAACAUGUCUUUGAGGCCAGUACGGCCGGUGUCACCCUCCAGGCCCCUCAGCUGGACAUCAACACAGUGGCAGCUGGUGGGGGCUCCCGUCUCUUCUUUAGGUCGGGCCUCUUUGUGGUUGGGCCUGAGUCGGCUGGAGCCCACCCCGGCCCUGCCUGCUACCGAAAAGGGGGUCCUGUGACGGUCACGGACGCUAACCUGGUCCUGGGUCGCCUGCUGCCUUCCUCCUUCCCCUGCAUCUUUGGGCCGGGAGAGGACCAGCCUCUGUCCCCCGAGGCCUCUCGCAAGGCCCUGGAAGCUGUGGCCACCGAGGUCAACAGCUUCCUGGCCAAUGGACCUUGCCCAGCCUCCCCGCUGAGCCUGGAGGAGGUGGCCAUGGGGUUUGUGCGUGUCGCCAACGAGGCCAUGUGCCGGCCCAUCCGAGCGCUCACGCAGGCUCGGGGCCACGACCCCUCGGCUCAUGUGCUGGCCUGCUUCGGGGGUGCCGGCGGGCAGCACGCCUGCGCCAUCGCCCGGGCCCUGGGCAUGGACACUGUGCACAUCCACAGGCACAGCGGGCUGCUGUCGGCCCUGGGGCUGGCCCUGGCGGAUGUGGUGCAUGAGGCCCAGGAGCCCUGCUCCCUGCUCUACGGCCCCGAGACCUUUGUGCAGCUGGACCAGAGGCUGAGCCGCCUGGAGGAGCAAUGUGUAGGCGCCCUGCGGGCCCAGGGCUUCCUCAGGUCCCAGAUCAGCACUGAGAGUUUCCUGCACCUGCGCUACCAGGGCACCGACUGUGCCCUGAUGGUCUCUGCUCACCAGCACCCGGCCACCACCAGCUCGCCUCACGCCGGUGACUUUGGGGCAGCCUUUGUCGAGAGGUACAUGCGAGAGUUCGGCUUUGUCAUCCCUGAGCGGCCGGUCGUGGUGGACGACGUGCGGGUGCGGGGCACUGGCCACAGCAGCCUUCACCUCGAGAACACCCCCAAAACCCAGACCGGGCCUCCCCGGGUGGACAAGAUGACCCAGUGCUACUUUGAGGGGGGCUACCAGGAGACCCCCGUGUACCUGUUGGGAGAGCUGGGCUAUGGGCACAAACUCCAGGGACCCUGCUUCAUCAUUGACAGCAACAGCACGAUCCUGGUGGAGCCAGGCUGCCAGGCGGAGGUGACAGAGACGGGGGACAUCCGGAUUACCGUGGGGGCUGAGGUCUCCAGCACAGUGGGCACCCAGCUCGACCCCAUCCAGCUGUCCAUCUUUUCACACCGCUUCAUGAGCAUCGCGGAGCAGAUGGGUCGCAUCCUGCAACGCACGGCCAUCUCCACCAACAUCAAGGAGCGGCUGGACUUCUCCUGUGCCCUCUUUGGGCCUGAUGGGGGGCUGGUCUCCAAUGCCCCCCACAUCCCAGUGCACCUGGGCGCCAUGCAAGAGACUGUGCAGUUCCAGAUCCAGCACUUGGGGACUGACCUGCACCCUGGUGACGUACUGCUGAGCAACCACCCCAGCGCAGGGGGCAGCCACCUGCCGGACCUGACCGUCAUCACGCCGGUGUUCUGGCCGGGUCAGACGCGGCCCGUGUUCUAUGUGGCCAGCCGUGGGCACCACGCAGACAUUGGCGGCAUCACACCGGGCUCCAUGCCCCCCCACUCCACCACCCUGCAGCAGGAGGGCGCUGUUUUCCUGUCCUUCAAGCUUGUCCAGGGGGGGGUCUUCCGGGAGGAGGCGGUAACUGAGGCCCUGCGGGCACCAGGAAAGAUCCCAGGUUGCAGUGGGACCCGGAACCUCCAUGACAACCUGUCAGAUCUCCGUGCCCAGGUGGCAGCCAAUCAGAAGGGCAUUCAGCUAGUGGGGGAGCUCAUCGGGCAGUAUGGUCUGGAAGUGGUACAGGCCUACAUGGGCCACAUCCAGGCAAACGCUGAACUGGCUGUGCGUGACAUGCUUCGGGCCUUUGGCACUGCCAGGCAAGCUCGAGGGUUGCCCCUGGAGGUGUCUGCAGAAGACCACAUGGACGACGGCUCCCCCAUCCGGCUGCGAGUGCACAUCAACCUGGGUCAGGGCAGUGCGGUAUUUGACUUCAGUGGCACCGGGCCAGAGGUUUUUGGCAACCUCAACGCCCCACGGGCCAUCACACUGUCAGCCCUCAUCUACUGUCUGCGCUGUCUGGUGGGCCGCGACAUCCCACUGAAUCAGGGCUGCCUGGCGCCAGUACGCGUUGUCAUUCCACGAGGCUCCAUCCUGGAUCCAUCCCCAGAGGCGGCCGUGGUUGGUGGCAACGUGCUCACCUCACAGCGCGUGGUGGACGUGAUCCUAGGGGCCUUUGGGGCCUGUGCUGCCUCCCAGGGCUGCAUGAACAAUGUAACCUUGGGUAACGCCCACAUGGGCUACUACGAGACGGUGGCGGGCGGCGCGGGCGCAGGCCCAGGCUGGCAUGGACGUAGCGGCGUGCACAGCCACAUGACCAACACGCGCAUCACCGACCCGGAGAUCCUGGAGAGCCGGUACCCGGUGGUUUUACGGCGCUUCGAGCUGCGGCCCGGCUCCGGCGGCCACGGCCGCUUCCGGGGUGGCGACGGUGUCGUCCGCGAGCUGCUCUUCCGCGAGGAGGCACUGCUGUCCGUGUUGACCGAGCGCCGCGCCUUCCAACCCUACGGCCUCCAUGGGGGCCAGCCGGGAGCCUGCGGUCUCAACCUACUGAUCCGCAAGGACGGCCGCACCGUGAACCUGGGCGGGAAGACGUCGGUGACCGUGAACCCCGGGGACGUGUUCUGCCUCCACACGCCCGGCGGAGGCGGCUACGGAGACCCGGAGGAGCCCGCCUCGCCGCCGGGAUCGCCCCGGCAGGUGUCGGCCUUCCCCGAGCGAGGCAGUGUGUACGACUACCGCCGGGCCCAGGAGGCCGUGUGA